AUGGAUUAUCACGUCGUCCGAGGAUCCAUCAAGUGCUGCAUCUUUCCAACCACACUCAGAAAAGGGGCAAUGACAUGGUACAGAAACCUUCUGCCCAACUCUAUCCACUCCUGGACCGAGCUCAAGGAACUCUUCUUGAGCCAUUUCACAGCUUCUCGUCGGCAACCAAAGUCUGAAGCAAACCUCGAGGCUGUGAUCCAAGGAACCAACGAACCUCUCCGAGAAUACCUCGACAGGUUCAACAAAGAACCCGUCCAAGUGCAGACGACCGAAUACAUGAAGAGAUACGUCCUAGAGCGAGGACUCCUCCCCAGAAGCGAUUUCAAGAAGGCUAUAAAGAUCGAGAAGGUGCACACUAUGAACGCCCUCCUCCGUAAAGCUCAAGCCUUCAUCGCUUUCGAAGAAGGCGAAGCGGCUGCAAUAAAGGCUUCAAGGAGCAGUGAUGCUGCCCGCAACUCGAGCCACGACCACUCGGGUUUACACCGAGGACAUGAGAAAAGGAGAGAGGACAGGCCCCACGACGCGAAAGAGCGCAGAGGGCCAGCCGAUCGGUUCAGCGACUAUACUCCCCUAAACGCUUCACGCGAGAAAAUCCUGGCCGAAUGCAAAAACAACGACUUCAAGAACUCUAAUGUCAGGCCCCCAAAGUCGAACCCCACCAGACCAGGGACCGACAAGUCUAAAUACUGCAAGUAUCACAAAAGCCACGGGCACCUGACUGACGAAUGCAUACAUCUCAAAGAUUCCAUCGAGACUCUGAUCAAGGAGGGUCGCCUUUCAAAGUACACAAAGAAAGGAGAACCUCCUCGGAGAGAAGACCCACGGAACUCUGACGAGGGAAACUCACCAGAUGGUAGGCCAUUACAAGCAGCUCUGUCCGUCACCCGACCAGAGGACUUCAUACCCUCGGUUGGAGUAACCUCCGCCCUCAGCACCUGUUAA